AUGAAUACACGCGUAGUCGGUCUCGAAUCACUUGUAUCACCUUCGAUACUCAAAGACGAACUACCUGCAAGCGAACGAUCAAAAGCAACAGUUGACCUAGGACGUAAAAACGCAGCAGCUAUCAUAAAUGGAAAAGAUGAUCGACUUUUGGUUAUAGCUGGACCAUGUUCAAUUCACGAUUCGGAACAGGCGAGUCAUUACGCACAGCGACUCUACGACGAGUACAAGCGACGCUGGAAAGACGGACUUGUUAUUGUGAUGCGUGCUUAUUUUGAAAAACCUCGCACGACUGUUGGUUGGAAGGGCCUUAUCAACGAUCCACAUAUCAAUGGCACUUGUAAAAUUAACGAAGGCCUUCGUGUUGCUCGCCAGGUCCUUUUGGACGUGACAGAGAUUGGGUUACCAGUCGCAUGUGAAGUCCUAGACAAUUUCACGCCCCAUUAUCUUUCAGACCUGUACUCAUGGGGAGCCAUUGGUGCGAGGACUACUGAGUCACAACUGCAUCGUCAAAUUGUUUCGGGCUUAUCGAUGCCGAUCGGGUUCAAGAACUCGACAGAUGGCGGUGUUGGUGUUUCAUUAGAUGCAAUCCGUGCGUCGAGUCAGCCUCACACAUUUAUUAGCCUCACAGACCAGGGCAUGUCCGCGAUUGUCUCGACAACCGGAAACCAUGACCUCCACAUUAUACACCGUGGAGGUAAAUCCGGAACUAAUUAUGACGAGCAUAGUGUUGCUGCGAGCAAGGUGGAAUUAUCUAACACGCUCCCGAACAAAUGUCCGAGCAUUAUGAUCGACGUGAGUCAUGGCAAUAGCAACAAAGAUCACCGAAACCAAAUGAAGGUCGCGAAUGAUGUUGCUGAUCAGAUUGAACGAGGCCAGGAUGCAAUCAUCGGUGUUAUGAUUGAAUCCAAUAUCAAAGAGGGAAAGCAGAGUGAACCUAAGAACGGACGCACGAGUGAUGACUUAGAGUAUGGUGUAUCCAUUACUGAUGGAUGCGUAAGUCUUGAAACAACGACUGAAAUAUUGGAUCGAUUGUAUGCAGCAGUACUCGCACGAAGGCUAAAGCUUAGGCAACCAAGAACUGCGAAGACUUAA